AUGUCGUCCGCCAACACCACCGACUCCCAGUUCAAGAAGACGGAGCAGACCAUUGGCGAGAAUGGCGGCCAGGUCACCGACACCGGCAAGGGUAUCAACGACGACAUCUUCAAGACCCGGGCACCAGGUAAUGCAGAGAACUUCGCAGCUGAGCCCGAGUCCAACAAUUCGAAGAUCGAGCGGGAUCUAGCUGAAAAGGGCUACUCGAACCGUACUACCGACGAGACACUCGAGGAGGCUUCGGAGCUCAAGGCCAAGCUGGACAAGAGGGGGAACCCGGCGCAGUAG